UCUCCACCUCAACAUCAUAUCAAGAGUCCUUGUGAGUUUUACCACUAUAUCAUAUUAUGUUUCUUUACCUUGGUCUGUAUUGUACACUGUGUAUGCUCAGAGAAAUGACUGAAUUAGUGCUAAAAAUUUCUGACUUAUUAUAACCAUGCCGUGCAUAGUAUAUAACAGGAUCUGCCUGUUAACCAAAAUUUUUUGCCACGAUAUUUUUUUGCAUGUACGAUUAUUGUACAGAUUUAAUUUUGGUCACCUUGCUAACUUCUUAUGCCUCAAAUGCGUAAUGUAUAUUAUUUAAAAACAACAUUUUCGAACAUAAACAAGAAGAUAUAGAAGAAGAAAAAUGGAAAUACUCUUAAACACUUUUUGAUCUUAAAUACCCUUAAUAAAACCGUGUUUUUCCUCACUCGUGUCCGUAUAGCCAAGAACGUGGUCUAGGCGUACGCCUCCCCCGAGUCCCCGCUGUCCAAGAUGGAGGUGGCGCGGGCCACACCGCCACCCGUACUGGCGCAGCACUCACACCAGCCAUUCCACAUCCCGCCGCCAGAGAGAUUGUUACCUAUCGGUCCGAAGCCCAACAAGGAACAGUACCCAGUGUUCAACGCUCUUGUGAACCGCGUCAGGGAGGCACUGAGUCUACCACCCGAUGAUUCAACGGACAAGACGGACUCCUCUCGCUCGGAUGGGGACGCCACUCCCACUCCCAUCCCCACCAGUAGACCCCAUGAAUUAAAGAAGAAGAGUUCCGCUGAGAGCAGGUCACCCAGUCGUCUAGGUCGGCAAGUAGCGCAGGCUGGUUCACCACCACACGCUGUCGAGUGUAGAGGCUGUAGCGUUGCGUGGUGGGAGCGCAAGUCCCGCGCAGGCAGACGAGCGGCUCACGCCCAGCCCGCCCCGCGCGGGCCUGACCCACAACUGUGCUACCGAUGUGCAAAAUGCGGCACGGCAGCCGAACAAUACAGUGACGAGGAGUUGAGACUGUGCAUCAUAGUGUUAGCCACAUUUGUUCAUCGCGAACUAGCUGCUGCUGCCGGCAUGCUACUAGCUUUGCUGCAUAACGUCAGCAGAGCAUCCUAAAGCCAAUAUCCAAGAUCAUCCAAUACGGAGCUCAGAUCUUCAUGCUGAAGCUAUCCAUGAUAUCCGAGAUGAGCCUGGUGUGCACCCGGGACCGGGACAAGUUGAUGGUCUGCCGGGUGCUGGUCUACAAGCUGGUGCAGGCUUUGAGGACCAAGACCACCAUCCCAGAUGAUAACCUGUUUAUACUUAUACAGUUCGUGCUGCGAGGUCACGGCUGCCGGCUGGUGCUGCCGGCCACGCUGUGCGGCGAGCUGGCGGCCGGCGCCGUGGACUGCAUGCGCCCGCACCUGCCCGACAUGAUCGACCUGCUGUACGACCCGCAUCUGCUCAACAAGAUCAAGGGUUCUGUAUCGAAAUCAAUCGUGAACCACAACUUGAUCUGCCUGAACAAAGACACUCUGGGUGGGCGCCAUAGUGAAGGGCGGCAUAGCGCAGUACGUGGCGAUGGAACUGGCUCUGGAGCACAGCCGCGGGCGGACUGACCGCGCCCCUCCCGCCCGACACACGACGCCUUGGCUCAGUGCCUCGCUACCGGGAUCUCGCGAGGUGUGUGAGUGCGUGACCCGCGUGCGCUUGAUCUCGUGGCUGGUGAUGGGCACGCUGUGCAACAGCCGCACGCAGGCCGCGCACAGCGUGCAGCCGCAGCUGCACCAGCCAGUACCGCAGGAUGCGACAUGCCACAUCACCGUCUAUGUACAGACGAUAAUAUCAUCAUACGUAGAACAUUCAAAACCGGCGACGUCUCGCAUGAACGCUCUCCUUCACGCCUUCGUGCUGUGCCAGGUGUGGAUCCUGUAGGACCUGUAAGAACCUCGAGGAGUUGGUAGGCAGCGUUCCCACCCUGCAGUGAGCCCCACAAUACGACUGUCUGCAUCCUGCAGGACUUCUGGUGCAAGCUGGUAUCUAUGAUCCUGCAGGUCACCGUACAAUUUGAAGUGCUGACAGGGGCGGUGAACCUUCAUUGCUUGAGCCUUCUGGGAUCUUUACCGGAGUGUACUACUCUACUGUACUGAACAAAUUAUUACCACUGUGGCUACCAAUACUGCACUCACCGUUGUUCAAUAUGCCCCGGCACGUGUCGCAGCGCCUGUCGGUCUGCCGCGAGUUGCGGCCGGGCGCGGGCGGGGGCGCAGCCAGCAGCGCGGCCGCCCA